GGAUGUGUUGAGAUAAUUAGGUAUGAGUUUCUCAUUAACAUUUCUUUUGUUUCCAAGGGUGGGAAAGGUUUGAGGUGUGAAUGGUCAUUAACAUAUCUUUUGUUUCCAAGGGUGAGAGAGGUCUGAGUUGUGAAUGGUCAUUAACAUAUCUUUUGUUUCCAAGGGUGAGAGAGGUCUGAGGUGUGAAUUGGUCAUUAACAUAUCUUUUGUUUACAAGGGUGGGAGAGGUCUGAGGUGUGAAUGGUCAUUACAAUGUGU